AACUGAUGUUAAAUUGGAAGACCCCUCUCCUUUGCACACAACGACCGGCCAGUCAUCUCUACAGCUGGCGAAAAACAAAUAUUUCACAAUGAGUUGUAGUACACAGCUUACACAAACACGUCAACUGAAAUGCUACUUUCCGAAGAUCACUACAGAGAAAAUAGGCAUAGCGGUGUAUUUCAAGACAAAAGGAGGAAACGAAAUAAGAGUAAUUGACUGUGUAAUUCUUGAAGACUUGGACUGCAACGGAGAAAGAGGCUUUAAGUGUGAGGAGUUGUCUUCGGAUUAUGCUGAGUUCACAGUGCCAGAAAAUUUUAGUGAAGGUUCUUUUAGGUGUCAGACACCUGGGUUAGCAGCUUCACAAAUCACGUCGUGUCAAUGGCCUCCUGCAGAUUACAAGACCAGCGCAAGUGAUUCAACAACAUUAAGUUUAACUGACGCUGCUGCCGCUACAUCAGUUAAUGUUUCAUCUCCUGAUGGUUCUGCUUUAAAUACUGACGUAAUUGCUGGAAUAGCUGGUGCAGUAUUCAUUGUCGUUAUUUUACUGAUCAUUUGCAUCAUAUUCUUGAUGAGCUCAUACCUGAGCAAAAAGAAUAAAAGCAAAAAUGAGACAGAAAGCUCAGACUCAGCAACAGCAGAAGAUGGUGAAUGUCCAAGAAACAACACCAUUUCUUCAGUAGAAGGAAACAAUACUCUUGAUGCUUCGCUGUCAAAUGAAUCAGAACAAAAUACAAUAAGCCCUGUUCACAACAUUCACCGAUCUUCAGCUCAAACUCAUGAAGUCGACUGCACUGUAGCAGACACGAAAACAGGGUCUCGCGAAGGUUUGUUUCAACGAAACCAACAAUCUAACGGCAGUCCUGUUGACUUUAAGAACAUUGACCGACCUUCAGCUGAAGCUCAUGAAGUCGACAGCACUAUAGCAGACAUGAAAACAGGGUCUCGGUAUAAAGAUAGCGAAACACAACAAAAUAUCUCUUCAGAGGAGGUCAAGGACUUAAAACUGCCCCUGCUGACUAACGUUUCAACAGACCAUUAUGAAUGUGAUGGCGUCAAGACAAGAGCACAGAAAAGCAACAGACCACGUAACAACAGUCCUGUUGACUUUAAUAACAAAGACCAAUCUUCAGAUGAAACUCCUGAUGUAGACUACGCUGCGGAAAAACAAAGUAUUAAAUUUAGAAACAAACCAAUUCCAUUAGAUUUACUCCGCGAAUCGGGGUAUUCAAGUGGAGUGUGGGAUACAAGUUUUCAACCAAAUCAACGUUCUUCUCAAAAUUUCUGAGGGACAAUGGAGUUUCAGCAAGUGUCUUUACUAGCCUUGAUUCCUGGAUGCAAGAACAACACAUACCUCUCACUGCUGUUAUUUCAACUAAGCUAUCGAUGUUCCAUUUCAUCACCUUAGGAACUAUGACAAUUCUUACAAAAUAUUAGGUUUUUAUGUUUACGAUUCAACGUAACCCCACACAGCAUGCAGGUGGAAUAAAUAGUGGUGGUAGAGCUUGUUUCUAUGUGUACUGCAGAUUAUACCGCUGACAGUGCUUUGCUUUAUAUGAUCUUGUGGUGGAGGAAUUUUAAAAAAAUCAUAUAACAAAGAGGUAUAUCUGCUAUUAUAUCCAAGGGGUAGAUAUAAAAAGCAUACGGUAUAAAACUUUUGCUUAUCCUGCUGCUCUUGUAAAUAAAGAUUUUGCAUUUGUUUCUCCUACACUGCACCUCCUUACCUUCCUUUUCCUUGACAAACCAUUUGGCUGCUGCUCACUACCUUGAAGCCCCUUCUUUCCCCUUAGUCAUCAGCAACUAAGAAAUAUAAGUAAAACAUAAAAAAUUAGUCAUUGAAAGAAGUAUGUGAUAAGUAUUAACUGUUUAGAAGUUAAAUGUGUGGGUAUGGAGGAAUAGGUUUGUCAAUUCGUUUUAGGUUUACAUAUUUCUUUUGUGUGACUUUCAAGUCUUUCCCUACAUACUAGUCAGAAUAUUUCCCUCUGUGUCUAAUGGACUGGUCUUUAAAGUAUUUUGUGACCAGGACAAUACACUGUUACAGGGUUGUUAGUUAUUGUGGACCUAAACAAUGGAACUCUCUCCCUUUCCACAUCUACCACCUACCAUCAAUAGACUCCUUAAAGGGAU